GUCAGGGAGCCUCGGCAGCUGGCACAGCUGCUCCAGAGAACCCAGGCGUCCGGCGGGGCACCCACACUCGGCUCUCUCCAAGGCCACCUCAGACAGCGAUCCCCGGGGCGGAGAAGGGCCAUGGGGCGUCUGUCCGGGAGCUGGGACCCCCCCGCAUGGGGCGGCCCCUGGAAAGGGCUGCUGCUGGCAGCCUCCGUCCUGGGCUCCUGCCUCCAGCCGGCGCCGGCCCAGACCCCGGCGACCAUCGUCCUCACCCCGCCGAGCCCCGCGGUGGGAGGGGGCGUCAGCCUGGCCCCCCAGAAUCCGCCACAGGACUUCACGCCCUGCAGCUGGUUCCGAUCAGCGACCACUGAUGAAAACAGCCGGAUCCUCACCUACUUCCCAGGACCACCCUCGGGCCAGACCCCCGGCCCGGCCCACACGGGGCGGGAGACAGCGGGGCCGGGCUGCGCCCUGCACAUCGCGGGGUUAAGGCUCAAUGACACCGGGAGCUACACGGUGCAGAUACAGAUCCCCACCGCUACUAACCCUGUCCUCACCAUCAUGGUGCAUCUGCCCGUCUCUGAAAAGCUUUCCAAGCCCACGGUGAUGCCCAGCGAAACCCAGGUGCUGGAGAACGGGACCUUCACCCUCACGUGCAACACUUCUGUGAGCGCCGACACCGUGCUCUGGCUCCGGAACGGGGUGUUCCUCUCACCCAGUGACCGGCUGGGGCUGUCCCCUGACAACCGGACCCUCACGGUGCUGAAUUUCACCCAAGCCGACGCCGGCGCCUACCAGUGCGAGGUCGGGAACCCUGUCAGCACCGAACGCAGCGAGCCCAGCACCGUGACGGUGGCCUAUGGGCCAGAAUCCACCAGGAUAGACCCUCCAGGACCCAUCGGCCUGACCCUUGGAUCCUCUCUGACCCUGACGUGUGUCGCCGACUCCGUCCCAGCCCCGAGCUAUCGCUGGUUUUUCAAUGGCACCAAAUUACUCCAGACCGGGAGCAGCCUGACCAUUAACCUCAUGACCUUGGAUCAGCUGGGCACGUACAAGUGCCAGGCUGACAACCCUGUCACCGGCCUCACUGAUGAAGUGGAGAUCAAGGUGCUUGAAAUGCUGCCCAAGCCCACGGUGACGCCAAACCAAACCCAGGUGCUGGAGAACGGGACCUUCACCCUCACGUGUAACAGCUCCCCCCACGCCGACACCGUGCUCUGGCUCCGGGACGGGGCGUCCCUCGCGCCCAGUGACUGGCUGGGGCUGUCCCCUGACAACCGGACCCUCACGGUGCUGGGUGUCACCCGGGGCGAUGCCGGCGCCUACCAGUGCGAGGUCAGGAACCCCGUCAGCACUGAACGCAGCGAGCCCAGCACCGUGACGGUGGCCUACGGGCCGGACUCCGCCAGGAUAGACCCGCCAGGACCCAUCGACCUGACCCUCGGGUCCCCUCUCACCCUGUCGUGCGUCGCCGACUCCGUCCCAGCCCCGAGCUAUCGCUGGGUUCUCAAUGGCACCAACACGAACGAGACCGGGACCAGCUUGACCUUUAACCCCACGACCUUAGAUCACCAGGGCACGUACGAGUGCCAGGCUCACAACCCAAUUACCAACCGCACUGCCAGGGCGUCUGUCGCCGUGCGGGUGACAGGGACGGCCCCAGACGCCCCUCGUCCAGGUCUCUCUGCCGGGGCCCUCGCUGGGAUCGUCAUCGGGUCGCUGGCGGGGGCGGCGCUGGUCGGAGUCGGGGCCUAUUUCCUCUACUCUCGCCGCCGGAACGAGACCCCCAGGGAGACCGGGGCACCCGUCUUGGUGUACGAGAACCUGCCCCCGAAAGCUGGGGCAGGGCCAGUGGCCCAGCCCGGGACCCCCCCUGAUCCCAGCCCCACGUACCAGACGCUGCAGCCCCGACAGCAGGACGUGUACGAGGAGCUGAAGAAUGUCUCUUUUUUGCGAUGGGGCGACCGGAUCUGCCCAGCUCCCAGCUGCCCCUGCCCUAGAGCGGGACCCACAGGUGCAGGGACACAAACAGCUGGGCAGGUGGGAGGGGCUGGCUCGGAGUUAGCCCUGCCCCCAGAGAGAGGGAGGAGGGCGGGGACCGGAGGUGUCUCAUCCCCACCCCGCCUGGCCAGAGUCUCAGUCAGGGAGCCCCGGCAGCUGGCACAGCUGCUCCAGAGAACCCAGGCGUCCGGCGGGGCACCCACCCUCGGCUCUCUCCAAGGCCACAUCAGGCAGCGAUCCCCGGGGCGGAGAAGGGCCAUGGGGCGUCUGUCCGGGAGCUGGGACCCCCCCGCAUGGGGCAGUCCCUGGAAAGGGCUGCUGCUGGCAGCCUCCGUCCUGGGCUCCUGCCUCCAGCCGGCGCCGGCCGAGACCCCGGUGACCAUCGACCUCACCCCGCCGAGCCCCGCGGUGGGAGGGGGCGUCAGCCUGGCCCCGCAGCCAGCGCCACAGGACUUGCGGAGCUGCAGCUGGUACCGAUCAGCGACCGCUGAUGAAACCAGCCGGAUCCUCACCUACUUCCCAGGAACAUCCCCCGGCCAGAACAACGGCCCGGCCCACACGGGGCGGGAGACAGCGGGGCCGGACUGCGCCCUGCACAUCGCGGGGUUAACGCUCAACGACACCGGGAGCUACACGGUGCAGAUUCUGAGCCCGACUAGCACUCGCCACGGCACGGUGCAUCUGCCCGUCUCCGAAAUGCUGCCCAAGCCCACGGUGACGCCAAACCAAACCGAAGUGCUGGAGAACGGGACCUUCACCCUCACGUGCAAAACUUCCCCCAGCACUGACACCGUGCUCUGGCUCCGGGACGGGGCGUCCCUCGCGCCCAGUGACCGGCUGGGGCUGUCCCCUGACAACUGGACCCUCACGGUGCUGGGUGUCACCCGGGGCGAUGCCGGCGCCUACCAGUGUGAGGUCAGGAACCCCAUCAGCACCAACCGCAGCGAGCCCAGCACCGUGACGGUGACCUACGGGCCGGACUCUGCCAGGAUAGACCCGCCAGGACCCAUCGACCUGACCCUCGGGUCCCCUCUCACCCUGUCGUGCGUCGCCGACUCCGUCCCAGCCCCGAGCUAUCGCUGGGUUCUCAAUGGCACCAACACUAACGAGACCGGGACCAGCUUGACCUUUAACCCCACGACCUUAGAUCACCAGGGCACGUACGAGUGCCAGGCUCACAACCCAAUUACCAACCGCACUGCCCGGGCGUCUGUCGCCGUGCGGGUGACAGGGACGGACCCAGUCGCCCCUCGUCCAGGUCUCUCUGCCGGGGCCGUCGCUGGGAUCGUCAUCGGGUCGCUGGUCGGGGCGGCGUUGAUCGGGGGACUGCUCUACUUCCUGCUCUGCAAAACUGGAGGGGGGCCCAAGCAGCGCCCGCCCGUCGGAGGCCAGGCCGCGCCCGCCCACAACCAGGGUGUCGGUGACAACAAACCUACCUUGGGUGAUGAGAACAUUCAAUAUUCUACUCUAGCCUUCAGCGCAGGAGACCAGAAGCCGCCGCCCGGGCCCCAGCCCCGCCCGGAGAGCGGCACCGUCUACUCGGAAAUCAGAAAGAAAUGACUGUGAUUUGCUUGGGACUCUCGGGAAUUACUGCACUCCCCCCCCGCAGGGGAGCAUCUGCCGCACCCCCCCCCCCAUCCAGCACUCGCUGGGGGGCAGCUCCAGUCCCACCUACCCCCUCCCCCCCAUGCAGGGUCACUGCCCACUGGGCACAAUGAGUGUGGUCCCCUCCCCGGGUGAGGGCCGCCAGGACUCCUGAGGGGCUCUGGGAGGGGAGGGGGGUCGAGUGGUUAGAGCAGGGGGCUGGGAGACAGGACUCCUGGGUUCACCUCUGCUUUGCACAGGGGUCGGGGCUGGGGGGUGUGCUAUGCAGAGGGGGAUGGUCGGUGUGUGGGGCUGAAGGAUAACAGCUGACACCCCCACCCCGGUGCUGGCUGGCGUGUGGGGUGUGGAUCUGGGCAGCCCCGGGGCAGGGGUGAGGCAGUGAGUCACCCCAUAGCAUCUCAGCCCAGAGCUCUGUGCCCCCCCAGCUCCACCCCCAGCUCUCCGCAUGCCCCUCCCCAAGCCUCCCGCUGUCGGACAGCCUCCGAGGUGCAGGGCGGUUGUGUUGCUCGGGGGGGGGGUGGGGGGGGUGAUGAUUGUGCGGGGUGGGGGGUGUCGCUCGCAGCGGGUGGGGGACUGGCUGAUUGGGGGGGGUGUACCAUGAUUGAUGCUGUUUGUAAUAAAACAAAAUGUCAAAACUG